AAUUCAGAGUUGUUUACAUUGUUUCGUUUUAAAGUUAUUACUUAUUAGUUAAUAGUAAUGGUAAAUACUUAAUAGGUAUUGGUUGGUAUUAUACUGUUAUCCGCGAUUUGUGCUUAGGAAUUUCGUUUUGGAUUUUCUUACGUUUAUUGAUAUUACGAUUGUUUUGAAUUUUUACGUCUGGCAAUGAAUAACUGUUUCCUUAAACAUUUGUGAUAGAAAAGUUAUGAAUGAGUUUUUGUAGUUAAUAUUUUUUUUGAAAUGGCUUCAUUAGCAUCAAAGGAUUAUGAUCUGCAUGGAAGAACAGACUCAUAUCGUGUUGCUACAGUUCCAUCUCAGUUUGAUGAUAAUAAAACAGUAGAUGGAAAACCAAAAACAAGAAGAAAAGCGCCAUCGUCGAUUAGUACCAAGUAUAGUCAUGCUGAAAACUUAGAUGAAUUGAAACAAGAUCCAUUUUUGGAUUAUCAUAAAGUACCAUUAGAUGAAUUGUACCAACGAUUUGGAACACAUCCUGGAACUGGUUUAACUCAUGCAAAAGCUCGAGAAAAUUUAGAAAGAGAUGGACCUAAUACUCUGACACCACCAAUUACAACACCUGAAUGGAUAAAAUUUGCAAAACAGAUUUUUGGUGGGUUUUCAGUAUUAUUAUGGUGUGGAGCACUUCUGUGUUUCCUAGCUCAUACUGCCGAAACUAGUACUACAGAAGACCCAAAUGAUGAUUAUUUUUACUUGGGAGUAGUAUUAGUUGCUGUUGUCAUCAUCACAGGAAUCUUCUCCUAUUAUCAACAAGCUAAAUCUUCUGCAAUUGUGGAUUCAUUCAGGAAUUUAGUUCCUCAGAUUUACUUAGGUUCAAGUUUAAUAGCUGUUAUUGUAGUCACUGGCUUUUUGUCUUACUGUCGGCAGUAUAAUCAAGGUGAAAUCAUCCGAUCAUUCUAUGAAACAAAUCCACAGUUUGCCGUAGUUAUACGCCAAGGUGAAUCUUUGACAUUACGAGCUGAAGAUCUUACUCUUGGUGACAUUGUUGAGCUUAAGUUUGGAGACCGUAUUCCAGCUGAUUUGAGAAUAAUUGAAAGUCAUUCAUUCAAAGUAGAUAAUUCAUCAUUGACUGGUGAAUCUGAACCACAGAGUCGCACUCCAGAAUUUACUCAUGAUGAUCCUUUGGAAACUAAAAAUUUUGCAUUUUCUUCCACUCAUGCUGUUGAAGGAACUGCUAAGGGUGUAGUUAUUGCUUGUGGAGAUAAUACUGUUAUGGGAAGAAUUGCUGGAUUAGCUUCAAGUUUAGAUAGUCGACCAACACCAAUUGCAAGGGAAAUAAUUCGUUUUGUGAAUUUUGUUAAUAUUACUGCUAUUAUUAUUGGGAUAUUACUAUUCAUUAUUGCAUUGAUGAUGGGUUGUUAUUGGUUGGAUGCCAUUAUUUUCAUGAUAGGUUUUUUGGUUGCAGCUGUUCCAGAAGGUUUGUUAGCCACUGUAACUGUUUGUUUAACUUUAACUGCCAAGCGAAUGGCAUCUAAAAACUGUCUCGUAAAGAAUUUGGAAGCCGUAGAAACACUAGGCUCGACUUCAACAAUUUGUUCUGAUAAGACUGGAACUUUAACUCAAAAUCGUAUGACUGUUGCUCACAUGUGGUUUGAUAAUCAAAUUAUUGAAGCAGACACUACUGAAGAUCAGUCUGGGGUGCAAUAUGAUAGAUCCAGUCCUGGAUUUAGAGCUUUGGCUAGAAUUGCAACACUUUGUAAUCGAGCUGAAUUUAAAGCGGGUCAAGAUGGCGUACCUACUCUAAAAAAGGAAGUAAAUGGAGAUGCUUCAGAAUCAGCUUUAUUAAAGUGUAUGACACUUGCUCUUGGUGAUGUUAUGUCUAUCAGAAGGCGUAACCGUAAAGUUUGCGAGAUACCUUUUAAUUCAACAAAUAAAUAUCAGGUUUCAAUUCAUGAAACUGAAGAUCCUUCAGAUUCUCGAUAUUCUCGAUAUUUAUUAGUUAUGAAAGGAGCUCCUGAACGUGUCCUUGAUCGUUGUUCUACCAUAUUUAUUGGAGGAAAAGAAAAAGUUCUUGAUGAAGAAAUGCGUGAAGCAUUCAAUAAUGCAUACUUAGAAUUAGGUGGUCUCGGCGAGCGCGUCCUAGGUUUUUGUGAUAUGUUAUUACCGCCAGACCGUUUCCCUAAAAAUUUCCAGUUUGAUGUCGAUGAACCUAAUUUCCCAUUAAGCGGUAUGCGAUUUGUUGGUUUGAUGUCUAUGAUAGAUCCACCAAGAGCAGCGGUUCCAGAUGCUGUGGCUAAAUGCCGUUCAGCUGGCAUUAAAGUUAUUAUGGUUACUGGAGAUCAUCCUAUUACUGCUAAGGCAAUCGCAAAAUCUGUUGGAAUUAUAUCUGAAGGAAAUGAAACAGUUGAAGACAUCUCUCAGAGAUUAAAUAUUCCUAUAUCUGAAGUAAAUCCAAGAGAUGCUAAUGCAGCUGUAGUACAUGGUUCUGAAUUAUUGGAUUUGCCUCCAGAGGUGUUAGAUGAAAUACUAAGAUACCAUAAAGAAAUAGUAUUUGCAAGAACUUCGCCUCAACAAAAAUUAAUUAUUGUUGAAGGUUGUCAAAGAAUUGGAGGAGUAGUUGCUGUAACUGGAGAUGGUGUUAAUGAUUCACCUGCACUCAAAAAAGCAGAUAUUGGUGUUGCAAUGGGAAUUUCCGGAUCAGAUGUUUCAAAAGAAGCAGCUGACAUGAUUCUUUUAGAUGAUAAUUUUGCUAGUAUUGUUACCGGCAUAGAAGAAGGACGUUUAGUAUUUGAUAAUUUAAAGAAGUCUAUUACUUAUACUCUUUCAUCUAAUGUUCCUCAAUUACUGCCGUUCAUUGCUUUUAUCAUGCUGAGCAUACCAUUGCCUAUUGGUGCAAUUGCUAUAUUAUGCAUUGAUCUUGGUACAGAUAUGGUAUUAUAAAUGUUAUUCAAAAUGUGGUAUUAUCAUGGGUUAACUUCAUACGUAUAGACGGAUCAACUACUAUCGACAUUGAGUAUAAUGAUAAUAUGAUCAUUUUUUUACCUAUAUUGAGUAUAGGUAAUACUAUUAUAUGGAACGAUAUAGGUAAUAUUUAGAGACCGAUGAAGAUGUAUUAUGUAAGUCUAAAACUGCAUUUCAAAUUUUUAAAUUCUCUAUAUUUUUUUAUUUUAGUAAUUAAUAUGACUAUAAUGUUGACUAUCUCUUCAUCCAUACAUGAAAAACAUUAUAAAAUAGAUUAAAUGAAUAUUUACAUUUGAAAUCAACAUUAAUCUUGUUUUUUAAUACAUUAUUAAAUUCCUAAUUUAGAUUCAAACAAUUAUUACAAAUAAUAAAAAUAAAAUUAGCUAAUGACGCCACAUCAAUAAUUGAUCAAAAUAAUGUUUGGGUCUUUAGUUAUUUCGAGACUUUCCAUAAACACAAUACCUAUAUCUUAUUUAAUACAAUUACAAAAAAAAUAGGCAUGAUAUGUAAAGAAGCAAAUUUCUGAAAUUCGAGGAGAUAAAUUAUUUUUCACUAAAUAAUUUAAUUGAUAACUAUGUCAUUAACCAUACUAUUGACUACCACAGACAGUUUUUAAAAAUAUGUUUAGUUUUUGAUAAUGAUCUAUGACAAUGAGACUCUACUUUUAAAUAUUUGACAUGGUACCAGUUAAAUUUAGUAGCUUUGUUAGAUGUGCUUUAUUUAAAAAAAAAAGAAUACCAUUUCAAAGAAUUAUUUUGGAGACUCGUAUAUUCUCAAUUAAAAAUAUUAAUAAUGUAUCUAAUUAUUUGAAAUUACUAUAAAAAAAAUAAACAGGUUUUGACUGUUAGCCUUUUCUGAGUGGCUUAUAUCUGCCACUAAUAUUAAUUAGGGAUAGGCCGAUACCACUUUUUAUCGAUGAGUGCUACUGAUAACCAAUAUAUUUUAAAAACAACAUUUUUAAAUGGAUAUUAAAAGAUAACCUCCUGUUAGAUGCUAUCUGUUUAUCGUGGUUGCCAUUAAAUAGUACUGCCUCAUCAAUAAAUCUGAAUUUGUGAUGUCUAUAUACUAUGCUGAUUGAUUUAUUUUUUGGUAUUAACUCAAAUACCAGUUUAAAAAAAAUCCAAUACGACUGAUAUCGAGUUUCAUUUCUAGUAUCGGCCUGCCCCAUAAUAUUAAUUGAUGUACUAAUCACUAAUGUAUUAUAUUGUUAGAAACUAGAUUUCAGUAGUUGGUGAAUUACUAAAUAAUCGUAUUUUUUUAAUUUGGCUAAAAUGCUUGAUACACUAUUAGCUAAAGCUUAAAAUAAAUAUUUGUCAGUGUAUUUAGUGAAUAUCUAUAGAAAAUAUAGAAAUUAGAAGUAGUUUUUGUACUCCAUUAGAAUGGGCUUAUUG